AUGACAAACGAGUUGGAAAGCACGCCACAGUCUUCCGCUUCAGCUGAUAGAGAGCAGACUUGUGAUCCCAGCAAUAACGAUUCUCAGGAGGAUAUUAGCCUCGGCGAUCCUAACGAUAUUGCUUCAUUGUCUUCAUUGAAGGCCAUUAGAUCCGAAAGUGAGGAUACCAACAGAAAUGAGCAAGCGGAUCAUAAUGAUGAGGUUGAGGAGGAUCCUUUGUUGACGCGGUACCAUACUGCCUGCCAGAAGGGUGAUCUAGCGACUGUGAAAGAAAUGAUACACGGCAGGUUGCUUGAGGUCAAUAAGGACGGAGAUACUGUCGAACACAUCACUGGUUUACAUUGGGCAAGUAUUAAUAACAGGCUUUCCGUCGUAGAUUUUCUUAUUUCACAGGGUGCUGAUGUCAAUUCAAGGGCUGGUGCUCUGCAUGCUACGCCUUUGCACUGGGCUGCUAGAUAUGGCUAUGUUUACAUUGUGGAUUUUUUGCUAAAGCACGGCGCUGAUCCCACCCUGACCGAUGACCAAGGCUUCAAUCUAUUACAUUUAUCUGUGAAUAGCUCAAAUAUAAUGUUGGUCCUCUAUGUUUUGUUCAAUGUUGUUAGCAAAGGCUUUUUGAAUGUGGACUGUCAAGACCCAAAGGGUAGAACAUCUCUUCUGUGGGCUGCUUACCAAGGAGACUCUCUGACUGUAGCAGCAUUGUUGAAGUUCGGAGCCAAUAUAAAAAUUACUGAUACAGAGGGAUUUACGCCACUACACUGGGGCACUGUAAAAGGCCAGCCACAUGUACUAAAAUACCUUAUCCAAGAUGGUGCUGAUUUUUUUCAAAAAACAGAUACCGGAAAAGACUGCUUCGCUAUCGCGCAAGAGAUGAAUACUGUGUAUUCACUUAGAGAGGCUUUAAUUCAUUCUGGGUUUGAUAGCCACGGCUAUCCGAUUAAAAAACGGUUCAAGAAAAGUCAACACGCUAGGCUAGUUACAUUCAUAACUCCAUUUUUAUUUCUGGGACUCGCAUUCGCUCUUUUUUCCCAUGUCAACCCUUUGUUCGCUAUUAUUGUUAUUUUUUUAAUGACCUUUGCCACGAAAAAGGGUUUGAACAAGUUUGUCCUGCCGUCUUAUGGGAGAAUGGGUAUCCACAAUGUUACUUUGUUGAGGUCACCUUUGUUAUCCGGUGUUUUCUUUGGAACUUUACUUUGGGUAACUAUCGUUUGGUUUUUCAAAGUCAUGCCUUGGACAUUUGCUGAUGAACCAUAUGCUAAUAUAUUAAUGCUGAUGAUACUUUUGUUCGAGUUUUACCUCUUUGGCAGGCUUGUCAAUUCAGAUCCAGGCUGCCUCCCAGAGGAAACCGACCAUGAGAACGUGCGACAAACGAUUUCUGAUCUGCUUGAAAUUGGCAAAUUUGAUACGAAAAAUUUUUGCAUUGAAACUUGGACAAGAAAACCUCUAAGAAGCAAAUUUUCGUCCUUAAAUAAUGCUGUGGUUGCAAGAUUUGAUCACUAUUGCCCCUGGAUCUUUAAUGACGUUGGACUUAAGAAUCAUAAAGCGUUUAUAUUUUUCAUUGCGUUAAUGGAAAGUGGUAUCUUCACUUUUUUUGCGCUUUGCUUGGAAUAUUUUGACGAGCUUGAGGAUGCGUAUGAAGAUGAAUACCAGAAACAAGGCAAAUGUUUCAUCUUAGGCGAUUCAGAUCUCUGUUCGGGACUGAAGUAUGAUAAAUUUGUCUUUUUGAUCCUAUCAUGGGCCAUGUUACAAUCUAUUUGGGUUGCAAGUUUGAUCUUUGUUCAAGCCUUUCAAAUAUGUAAAGGAAUGACAAACUCCGAAUUCAAUGUUUUGAUGAAGGAAAAUAAGGCUGCAGGAGCUAAUGUUUUACCUUUCAAUGAGAAUUUUAAUACCACACCAGAAGGAUUUGCUCCCUCAAUUGAGUUGGAUGAAGACAAUAAUGAUACCGUACUGGCUCCCGUCCCAGGCUCGACAUUAAGAAAGCCACGAACUUGUUUUGGCGUUUGUUACGCGGUUACCGGUAUGGAUCAGUGGUUUGCGGUUAUAAAGGAAACCAUUGGUAUUAAAGAUGGUAGCGGACAUAACGUAUAUUCAAUCACAUCAAAAAUACCAACAAACUACGGCUGGAAAAGAAAUCUCAAGGAUUUUUGGCUCACAAGUGACGUUAACGCGCCUUUGUGGAGAAGAAUUCUGUAUUCUCCUACAGGUUCUAAGGCUUUGCUUAACGGGAUAGAAGUCGAUUAUUUUAAGCUUUACAAAUUUACAAAUAAGGACGUAGAGCAAGUAAGUGAUAUGGUUUGA